AUGUCGCAGCGGUUGCACGGCAGAUUUGUGGAUACAAGUGGUAGAUUCUUGAUGAAUUCUCACGAUUAUACAGAGCAAUAUUACAGUUUGAUAACUAAUAGAUUGCAAUCACUCAAACCAUACCUAGUAGCCACAGCUAAACAGCGAUGGCCUUGUAUAGGCACUGUGGAUGGUCCAUAUUUAGCAAAUUUGCUCAAAGAUGUAGACACAGUAAAUUCAUGCGUAAUUAUUGCUGCAAUAUUUAAGGAAAUGAAGAAUUGCCCAUCGGCUUUGGAUGAGUACACUGGAAAAAUGUAUAAGAGGGAUUUGAAUUCUUAUAUUUCUGAGGAUGAUAUCGUAUAUUUGGAAGAUUACACAUCAAGAAUAGUUUUAGGUGGCAAUAAAAUUAAUGUCCAAAGUUUUGUAAGUGGACUGAUUAUCGCUGUUCUGGGUAAACUUGAGGAUGGGAAAUUUAUUGUAGAAGAUUUGGCACUUCCUGGACCACCGAUUAAUAUGUAUAAACCAUUGCCAAAUAAUAAUUUCCAGGGUUACUUAGCCAUAAUAUCUGGAUUAGAAUUAUCAGCUGAAAACAGCUGUUACAAUACCCUACAGAUGUUGAGGGAUAUUAUUUUGGGAGUUUGUGGACCAACAGAGAUAAUGAAAAAUGUAGUAAGAUUGGUAAUUGCCGGAAAUACAUUUAAAAAUUAUAAAUUUGAUGUGGAUCUACUGAAGAAAGCGGAUACAUUUCUGGCACAAAUCGCAGCAUCAAUACACAUCGACAUAAUGCCAGGACUGAAUGAUCCCACAAAUUUAAAUUUGCCACAACAACCCAUACAUCCCUACUUAUUUGAACAUUCUUCUAGACUCAAUACAUUUAGAUCGACUACUAAUCCAUAUACUUUUGAAAUAGAGGGAAUUAGAUUUUUGGGAACGUCUGGCGAAAAUGUUAAAAUGAUUAAAAUGAGCUCAAACCUCUCUGAUUUAGAAUCAUUACAACUAGCGAUUAAUUCUAGAUGUAUAGCACCAACGGCGGGGGAUACUCUAGGUUGCUAUCCAUUUAAGCAGAAUGACCCAUUAAACAUAUGCCUACCAAUGCACAAAGAUGAAGAAUUCCCACAUGUAAUAUUUGCGGGGAAUUGUGACAAAUAUGCCACGGGUUUACUUUGUGAUUCAGACUCGCUGCUAAGUACACGAGCGUCAAAUGAAGUCACAAAUCACAUUUCCAAGAAUACAUUUGACUUCAAACAGGCAAAUGUACGCUUAGUUUGUGUACCCAAGUUUGUGGAUAAACCUAGUAUCACUUUAGUGAAAAUUGCUACCCUAGAAACAUCACAAAUAUUAAUUGAAACCUAA